AUGACUUUUCAAGAUGGCAUAUGGGUUGUUGGUUACGGCUCAUUAAUCUUUAAGCCUCCGCCGCAUUACACUCAUCGUGUACCAGGAACUAUCCAAAACUACAAAAGGCGCAUGUGGCAAAGUAGCACUGACCACAGGGGCACAUGCGACACUCCAGGCAGAGUUGCUACUUUAGUCCCAUGCCCUAAAAGUAUCACCAUUGUUGUAGCGUACUUUAUCCCCGCAAAAUAUGCUAAGCUCGUCAAAGAAUAUCUUGACUUCCGUGAAAAAGAGGGUUACAUAUUGCAUAGUGUUGAUGUUCAUCUAUCACCUAGUGAAUCUCAGAAGCUCGAGCUAGAGCAAAGUUUUGCUAAGUUACCUGUAGAUCCUUUAACAUGUCGACCCAUUGUUCAAUCGAUGGUUUACAUAGGUGUUGAAGGAAACUCAUCAUAUGUGGGACCAGAAGACAUAGACCUUACUGCCAGUGUAGUGUCUAAAGCUGUAGGUCCCAGUGGUGAUAAUUACGAGUAUUUGAAGCUAUUGUACCAAUCGCUAGAAGAGAUAGCGACCAGUAUGAAUGCCGCGUUGCACGAAGUUGAAGACGAGUACUUAAAAUCACUGUUUCUGGCAACUGAAUUAAAGAUUAACCAAAGUUUCGGCACCAAGGAUUUGAUUAUCGCUCAGCCAUCGUAG